CAAAAACUUCUCCUUCUUCUUUGCUUUCUCGCCAUUAACACCUGAAAUCUCAAAAGCAUAAAAAGAAAAAGAAGACAGAAGAAGAAGAAGAAGUAGAUAAUGAUAUAAGAGAAAAAAAUGGUGGGACUUAGUAUUGUUUUGGAGUCGAGUAACAACGCUCUCAGUGACGGCUUCAUUAGUCCCAAACCGCAUCAAGUCGUCAACAAAUCCGCCGUCAUGGUCACCGCCAUCGCCUCCGCCGCCUCCGAUCUCCGCCGUGGAAGUUGUUAUCCGGAUUCUGGAUUCCUCGAACAUUGUUUUCUCUGCAGAAGGAAACUUCUUCCGGCGAAAGAUAUCUACAUGUAUAAAGGUGAUAGAGCGUUUUGUAGCGUGGAGUGUAGAUCGAAGCAGAUGGUUAUGGACGAAGAAGAAAGCUUAAGGAGAGAGAACUUUUCGUUCAUGGCUGUUAAAACGACGGAGACUGACUCGCCGGCGCCUUCUGGCGGCCAUCACCGUCACCGCCGGGAUCCGAGAAACCGAGCAGGCGGUUUCGCGUACUGAAGCAGAAGAGAGAGAGAGAGCGCAUCGCAAACUGAAGUCGUGAUUUGACUUUUUCACCCUUAUGCUAAUUUUUUGUCGUUUUGUCAUAUAAGAUGUAAAGCUAAAAGGGUGUUUUGGGUAUUUUGAGAGCUUGCAUAUCUAUGGGAAGCCCCUAGUUUUUAUUAUUUAGUAGGUUCCGAAGAUAUUUAAAUCAAAGUUGGUAUUCUCUUUAUUUUUCUGAUGAAGCUUACCUUUUUGCCUAUAUUAUCCAAUGUAUCGUCACUAUAUAGUUAAUGUUUGAUGGAACUA